AUGCCUACUAUCAAGGGGAGUUCGAGGUUUCUUCGGGGGUUGGCGAGGCAGGCCAGUAUACCUGCCGCAGAUAUUCCUGCCUUUCUCUGCCCUGGCCUACUCAGCAUCCCACGCCUUCAACCCUUGAAAUUCUGCUGCAAGCUGUCGCAACUCUCCUCCCAGCAACCACGCCGAUUUUUGAAUUCUGCGGCACCCAGCCUUUCUUUUACCGCUCCGGUUAAGCAAGAAGCUCUCCUUGCACAGGCAAGUCUGCCGGAGCAAUGCUCGGGAUGCGGCGCGCCUUCGCAGACGGUCUUGGAGAACGAGCCGGGCUAUUAUAAGGUUACAAGGAAGUCCGUAAAGGAGUGGAUUCAAGGCAGGAAAGAAUCACCGGAGGAUACUAUAGUCAAAGCAUCACUGGAAAAUGCUGGCGAGUUGGCUGGCGACCUGGAUUUUGAAGACUUUUCGAGGCCUAAAAAAAAUGUCGAGCCCCCCGUGUGCGAUCGUUGCCAUAAGUUAAAGCACCAUGAAACCGGAGUAUCCAUACACCAUCCCUCUAUACGAUCAAUUCAAGAUACGAUUUUCGAAUCUCCACAUAAAUAUAACCAUAUCUAUCAUGUUAUUGAUGCCGCCGAUUUCCCCAUGUCUGUAGUACCUGGGUUGCACAAACUACUCCAUUUGACACCUCAAAGGUCUCUGAAUAGACGGUCAAAGACGGGAAAAUUCUAUCAUGGCCGCAAGACCGAAGUCAGUUUUAUUAUUACCCGUUCCGAUUUACUGGCGCCUCUGAGGGUCCAGGUUGACUCCAUGAUGCCGUAUUUGCGGGAAGUUCUCCGAGAUACCUUGGGAAGAUCGGGGAAGGAUGUACGGCUGGGGAACAUUAGAUGCGUUAGUGCAAAGCGGUCGUGGUGGGUUAAAGAGUUGAAGGAGGAGAUAUGGCAUAGGGGAGGUGGUGGAUGGAUGGUUGGGAAGGUCAAUGUUGGGAAGAGCCAGCUGUUCCACGACGUCUUCCCAAAAGGUCGACAAAACCCUAUCACAAAACCUCGUCCAUCUGAAGUGCCCUCUAAAGCGCCCAUGACUCUGGACACAUUGCGCGAAUCGUUUUUACGUGAAGACGCUUCCGAUCCGCAAGAAGAGAGCCCACAGACACCGGAGCAGAGUGAAGGCGAGAGCGAAUGGCAGGCUCCAGAACCGCUCGAUACAUCAUUACUACUUCCUCCGGCUCCUCAGGAGGUCGACUAUCCAGCCAUGCCCCUUGUCUCCUCUCUACCGGGCACGACAGCUUCUCCGAUUCGCCUUUCCUUUGGAAAUGGAAAGGGAGAGUUAAUCGAUCUUCCUGGUCUCUCUCGUGGCGACUUGGAGCUUCAUGUACAACAAGAACACCGAUCCUCCCUAGUGAUGCGAUCUCGUGUCCAACCUGAACAGCAAGUCAUCAAACCAGGGCAGUCUCUACUCCUAGGUGGCUUCAUACGCAUUGCGCCUACUACUCCUGAUGUCAUGAUUCUGGCCUAUUCUUUCACACCCAUCAAUUCACAUUUGACAUCUACGGAAAAGGCCAUCGGGAUCCAGACCCGUACAAGAGAAACCAACGUCGAGAACAUCUCCCUGCCCGGCACUGCAGAUAAAAUAGCAUCUGCUGGGACCUUCCACCUCAAAUGGGAUGUUACCCGUGAACGUAGCGGCCCACUGACUAGAAAUGACGCUGUCGGUCUAAAAGUAGAAAGACUCCCCUUCCGCGUACUAGCAACCGAUAUCCUUAUCGAAGGCUGUGGCUGGGUCGAGCUCGUGGCACAGGUGCGGAAGCCCCGUGUCGAAAAUAUUCCUGCCCAGGAAAUAGCCAAGGCUGAAGACGAAAAUGCGAGAGAGGCGGGCGAAUGGCUGGGGACCGCGGAAGAAAACGGAGACAAGGAAGACGUUCACCAAGAAGUGGUGGAUCCUAACUGGCCUGCCGUGGAAGUCUUCACGCCCGAGGGGAAAUUCGUCGCUGCAAGGAGACCGAUGAAUGCUUGGUUACUCACGGCCAGCAAGCCUGUGAAAGGGAAGCUGCAAGGGCGGCCAAGGAAAUCUAUGAAGGGGAUGAAGAAGGUGGGGAAGAGCGGCAGGAAACAGGGGUAA